CUCCACUGGAACAGCAUAUUGGACGCUGUUGUGACGGCGGGACAUUGUCUUCGGGCGUACGCGGGGCUGUGACAGCGUUGAAACGGUUAACAGUGUCAAACCCUCAGAGGAGUGUCGUUCAGUCACUAGUUUGACACUUUUUUUUAAUCUCUCAAUUAAUUUUUUUCGGGGGCGAGGGGUUAUUUACUCCUUGUGGAUAUUUGUUAAUUUUUGGUGAAACUCUUAUUUGACAAACUUUUUAGUUUAAAUCAUAAUAGGAAGGGGUUUUAAAAUGCGAUGAAAAACUAGAAGAAGGAUAAGAAGAGCAUCACCAUGACAGAACCAGUGGAGCGGAUCGACCACCUGAAAAGUUCGGGCAGCCCAUCAGGUGGGAGCAGCGGCGGUGGCUCCAAGCAUCUCCCAGCCAGCAACCCUGCUGCACCGCCGCAUAACGGCGAGAGAGGGCGCCAGAAGAGCGGCAAACACCACCAGGAUGACAACACCAACAAGUUGAGGGGGGAGUGUCCCGGAAACGAGUCCCCCAACGCCGGGGACGCACCGCCGUCCACCGGGGUACUCCAAGUUGACUCGGACACCGGCCUCGUAGUGGACGCACGCCUGGGAAGGAAACGGCACCGGCGCCGUGCCGCCAAAAAGAAGCGCCACUGGAAGCCCUACUACAAACUUUCGUGGGAGGAGCGGAGGGCGCUGGACGAGCGAGAGACCGCCCGGGCGUCCCGCCUGCGCGAGGAGAUGUUCGCAAAGGGGCUCCCGGUGGCUCCGUACAACACAACCCAAUUCCUCAUGGACGAGCACGACCGCGAGGAGCCGGAUCUCAACACAGAGGCGCGGCGGCCGGACGACACUGGAAGCGAGGAGGACCUUUUCGAGCACGACGACGAGGACGAUGACGACGGGAGCGGAGGCGGCGGAGGAGGAGGCGGGGGAAGCAGCGACGGCAUCGGGAGGCCUGGCAACGCCGGCGGGGAGUUUCUCCAGCGGGACUUUUCCGAGACCUACGAGAUGUACCACGUCGAGAGCCUGCAGAACAUGACCAAGCAGGAGCUGGUGAGAGAGUACCUGGAGCUGGAGAAGUGCAUGUCCCGCCUGGAGGAGGAGAACAACCGGCUGAGGCGCGCUGCCGUAGAGCCCGGAGGCGGCGGGGGAGGCGGCAUGAGCGUGGAGGAGCCCUUGGCGCGCCUCCGGGAACUGGAGCGGGAGCUUGAAAGACUGAAGGCCCAAAAUACAGAGCUCCUGCUCCGGAGCCAACCCGUCAAUGACAAUUAGGGACGCUCAACAAACUGUUUACAACAAGGUAAUAAGAACACAACAACUUAUUCCGAUCUGAACUUUUUUUUUGGGGGGGGGGGGGGGGUUACUAUUUGG